GCUUUUUACAGUAAGUGAUAAAUAAUGCUGCGACAUUUAUCCUCGGUUGCAGAUCUAAAACUUUUGUAAGUUUCAAUGCGAUCAUGAGUACACCUUUGAAUAAAUGAAAUUAAAUACAAAGAUCGGACCAAUGUUUGAGUCGACAGAAAUGCAAACAAAAUGAAAGCAAGAGGAACAACUUUAUUACUUGCACUUAGUGUGCAGUUUAUGUGUGCACAAUACGGGUCUUGCUGCUUUCGUAGAUGGUUUUCUCCAACAACUACUACUACACCUGCUCCGACAACAGUUUCCACCUCUCCACCGAAGUGCUACUAUGAGGGGAACGUCUACGAGGUGGGUGAUUUGGUGUACGAAAGACUCGAAGGUGACUCGAUUCCAAUGUGCUAUAGUGGUCACUGUAGACCAGGAGGAUGGAUAGAUCAUAAACUGUCUGGAAAUGACAACUGUAUCCCAAGAACCACACUACCACCAACGACCACCCCAGAGCCUACACCACAUGUUACGACAACUCCAAAAAUUGCGACAACGCCAUCAACCACAAUUCCCGCCGGGUGCCUCUAUGAAGGAAUAUUUUAUUAUCCUGGAGAAGAUAUACCAGCAGCUUCGGGGCAAGACGGUAACUGGUGUUACGGUGCAUAUUGCUCAGAAGAUGGUCAGAUUUUGUCAUGGGAUAAUUUCAAUUGUGGCCCAUCCACGACGACACCCCAAACGACUCCUGAAAC